UUAACAAAGCCGGGGAAAGAAUAUUGUUUAGUUAAGAAAUUUGUCGCGUGUAUAACGUAUUGAGUAUUCUCUCGACUAAUAAACUUCAGUAUUUAGCAGAAAAAUUAUUAUUUUUAUUGAUAAUAUUCCAUUAACAAUCAUAAAUAUGAUAAGUUAAACAUUGAAAACAGCAAACACGCCUUUUUGUAUUAAAGGUAAUAAAUAUUUUAUAAUAUACAAAUCUAUAGAGUUGAUUCAUAAUAUCAUGAAUGAAACACAUACUAAUCUCUUCCAACAAUUAUACAAUGAGAUAAAGUCAGACAGUACGAUUGACUCAUGGUUAUUUGUUAGUUCAUUAUGGCCAUUAUGCAUUAUUUUAACAUUGUACUUGACAUUUGUACUCAAAAUCGGUCCAAAAAUAAUGGAAAAUCGAGAACCAAUUAACAUUAAGUACAUAAUCCUAUUCUACAACUUAAUGCAAACUAUAUUUAAUAGUUAUAUUUUGGUUUACCAAUUUAUUAAACCAGAAGUUUCUAGUUAUGUAUGGAACCAUGCAUGCCACCCUGAUACUACUAAAAGGAACAUUAUAAUUGAGCUACAUAUUGUUUCGUGGUACUUCGCAAUAUCAAAAAUCAUAGAUUUAUUAGAUACAGUGUUUUUUGUAUUGAAAAAAAAAAAAUCACACAUUUCAUUUUUACAUGUUUACCAUCAUGUUAAUAUGGUAAUCACUUGUUUUGGCCAACUCAGAUUCAUCAAAAGUGAAAAUGUCGCGAUCGGAAUCAUUCUUAAUUCAUUUGUUCACGUAGUCAUGUACAGUUACUAUUUUUUAGCAGCACUCGGGCCAAACAUGCAAAAACAUUUAUGGUGGAAAAAAUAUCUGACUUGUAUACAAAUUAUUCAAUUUAUUCUUGGAAUACUUUACUGUGUCAGCCUCAUCGUGUUUAAAUGCACUUAUUCUAAAUUAUUUAUCGUUUAUAUGUUAGUCGACGUAAUUAUAUUUCUUUAUUUGUUUUUAAAAUUCUAUAAAAAAACAUACAAAAUAAAAAGCAAGAUUCAGUAAACCUAUAACAGCUCUAAUGGAAUUUAAAUACGUGUGUAUGUUUGUGUAUAAAAUUUAUUUUGAUUAAUG